UCGUGGGGACAGCGGCCGGUGAUCAGGAGCUGCUUUUGAUUAUCCUGUGUUACACUGGAGCGAAAAGAAGACCAGCGGCUUGACGAGUUUAGCGAGGGGAAUAACUGUUAUCUCUCAUCAUGAUUCCCGCGUUUGUCCAGUUUAUAUGUCGCUGCGUUGGCGACCUUGGUGAUCCCCAUUAACUAAGGUUUGGGAAUUUUGGGGAGCGUCUUUGGGCGCAUAGAAGAAAGAUUAUUUUUUACACAAUGCGACCUGUCAGUCCGUCGACUUGUUUGGAUGUAGCUCUACAUACCCUGCUUACACACCUCUUCUUUACGGCAAUUAAAGGGCAGUGUGUGCAGGGGGGCGGGGUGCCAUCCGGGGGGCCAUCCGGCUGUCCCCUGGGCCAGUUCCCCUGUGGAAACCUCAGCGUCUGCCUGCCCCAGGUGCUGCAGUGUAACGGGCAUAAGGACUGCACCAAUGGGGCUGAUGAGGACUACUGCGGUGACAACAGUGGGUGGGCAGACAAUUUUGAUCGCAUGUACAUUAAAAAACUUGAUCAACAGGAGGUCCACCAUAACCAAUGCUUUCUCCAGCUCUACCCAGACGACUGUGAGUGCACCAAAACGACGCUGGCGUGUGUCGAUGUUAAUCUCACCGCCGUGCCCAUGCUGUCAGCAAACAUCACUUGGCUGUCGUUGAAGAGCAAUGCCAUAAGAGAACUCCCUGAUGAUAUCUUCUCCACGUACUCAGAGCUGAAGAGUCUGUUUCUGCAACACAACAAGAUAGAGCGAGUUUCAAGCCAAGCCUUCAGCGGACUGCACAAGCUCAAAAAACUGUUUCUCAGCCAAAACUUCAUCUCGUCCCUGAGCCCUGAGAUGUUCCGCGACCUUCAGGAGCUGAAAUGGCUGGUUUUGGAUCACAACCAGGUGGAGAGAAUUUCAGAAGACACUUUCAUCGGGCUGAAGUCUUUGACUUACCUGUCCCUGGUGAACACGUCCCUUAUGCAGCUUCCUGGCACCAGCCUAUGUAGCCCCAUGCCCUCCCUCAACUGGCUGGAUUUGACGGAGAACCACCUGGAGAACAUCACACACCGCAUGCUGAUGGACUGCAGAGACCUCACCAUACUAACACUACGUGACAACAAGAUCAAGACACUUCCGGAAAAUUCCUUCCAGACGCUCGCAAAGUUAGAGGACCUGGACCUGUCCUGUAACAGGAUCGCUGACCUGCACAACAACACCUUCAAGAGUCUGAAAGUUCUUUGCAAUCUAAACAUUUCCUACAAUCCAAUACUUCACAUCCAUGCAGGUCACUUUGAUCACCUGAUCCAGCUGGAAUCCUUAGGGCUGGAGGACAUCGAGAUUCCAGAUAUCCACACCGAGAUGUUCCUGCCCAUGACCAAACUCAAACACAUAUACUUCAAGGACUUCCAGUACUGCUCGUACGCGCCGCACGUGCGGUCCUGUAUGCCCAAAACGGACGGCAUCUCGUCCUUCGAGGACCUGCUGGCCAACCUGAUUCUGCGCGUCUCCGUCUGGGUCAUCGCCUUCUUCACCUGCUUCGGCAACCUCUUUGUCAUCGGCAUGCGCUCGCUCAUCCGCGCCGAGAACAACCUGCACGCCGCCUGCAUCAAAGUGCUCUGCUGUGCUGACUGCCUGAUGGGCGUAUACCUCUUCUUUGUGGGCGUGUACGAUGUGAAGUUCCGUGGGGCCUACAACCGCCACGCCCUCUUGUGGAUGGAGAGUGCAGAGUGCCGCACCAUCGGCUUCCUGGCCAUGCUCUCCACCGAGGUCUCUGUGCUGCUCCUCACCUACCUGACGCUGGAGAAGUUCCUGGUCAUCGUCUUCCCCUUCAGCCACAUGCGUCCGGGCAAGCGGCAGACGGCGGCCGUGCUGGUGUCCAUCUGGCUGCUGGGGUUGACUAUCGCGGCCGUGCCCCUGCUCAACGAGGACGUCUUCGGGAACUACUACGGCCGCAACGGGGUCUGCUUCCCGCUGCACUCCGACCGCCUGGAGAAGCCCACAGCCAAGGGCUACUCCACCGGCAUCUUCCUGGGGCUGAACCUGCUGGCGUUCCUGAUCAUUGUGAUGUCAUACUCCACGAUGUUCUACUCCAUCUACAAGACGGGCAUGAACUCCAUCGACCUGCGCAGCCGGCUGCACCGCGACGUGGCCGUGGCCAACCGCUUUUUCUUCAUCGUCUUCUCUGACGCCCUCUGCUGGCUGCCCAUAUUCCUCGUCAAGGUGCUGUCGCUGCUGGAGGUGGAGAUUCCAGGCAACAUCAACUCGUGGAUGGUGAUCUUCGUGCUGCCCAUCAACAGUGCCCUGAACCCCAUCCUCUACACGCUGACCACCAGCUUCUUCCGGGAGCAGGUGGAGCUGCUGCUGUGCCGCUGGCAGCGCCACUCCGUCCUGAAGAAGGACCGCAAGAGCCUCACCAGCUCCACCAUCUACAUGGAGCCCGUACACGCCACCCGGCACGCCUCCUCCGGCAGCAGCAGCAGCAACAAGGGCUUCCUGCCCCGGCACUCCCUGCAAGACAUGGACUGCAGGUACAGCUGACUCCCUCCACAAGAAGAAGAGGAGGACAAGGAGGAGAAGAAAGGGAGAAGGUGGAAGCUGAGAGGAGACGGAUGGAAGAAGUUGGUGGACGGAUAUGCCAAAUUGGUCAUGAUCAGUCUUCCCUGAAGAAGGAUCGUUAGAGCCUCACGAUCCCCUGCAUCUACACCAUGGAGCCCUCACACACACAACACGACACAAACCUCUUCAUCCUGCUCGGGGAGGUAACAGCAAUGGGCUAUCUGCCACAGCACUCCUUGGCAGACAUGGAUGCCAUCCAGGUACAGCUGACUUCCUCCACAAGAGAGAGGAAGAUGGGGCUCGUGGCGCACAUCCACUCCAUAUACAGGCACGUCGCCUAUGGGGACCCUGGUUCGAAUCCGGCAUGGAUUUCCCAUGUCCUAAUCCAACCCCAUCUCUGUCUCCCAGUUGUUUCCAGUUUCUUCACAUCUUCAUUGUUCUGUCGCAGCAACAAAGGCUGAAAAGUCCAAAAAGAAAAUAUAAAAAAAGAAAAAGCAGGUGAAGGAGAGCAGGGAGGGGGAGGAAGAGACGGUACAUGGAUAUGCCAGAGUUUCUCAGAUGAACAGGGAUGGAUUAUGACAUGAACUGUGCAUUAAAUGUUUGGACCUGCAUAUCUGGAUCUGUGCAUUGAUCUGGGCCUGUAUGUGAAAGACCAAGCACUUGCACGCAUGCAACUCAGCACUGAUCCCUACUUUGCUCCCAUGGACAUGGACUACCAUGAAGGAACUUGGAAUAGGCCUACCUUGGACUCCGCCUUAUCAGGCCAGGACUAAAGAAGACUUUUGGAUGAAAGGUGAGGCAUCUUCAGG